UAUCACGUCCACGUGACUUCGGUGCCCAAUGACGGAACCGAACGCGGAUCGUAUGAUCCGGGAAGCUGCUGAUUCGAGUAGCGUUUUUGUUGGCACCGCCGUUGCAAUGUUUUUAAACGAUGCUUAUCAUUUAUCAAUAACGGUACUCGACGUUCGGACAAAAACAAAAUAUAAAACCAACUGGCAACUACCAAGUGGACUCGAAACCGAAAAUAAAAUAUAAAAAUAAGUUUCGGUAAUUUGUGACAAACCCGAUUACCGUUUUAUUCUUGUCUUAUUUUACUGUACAAAAAGUAUAAAAAUGUUGUUCCUCUAUGGAUCUUUCACUAAUUAUCCCAGUCAACUCAUGAUGGCGUCUAUAAUUCUGGUCUAGUGCAUCAAAGUCCAACUUUUACAAAUCUCUGAGGAGAAAUCCCAUGGACCAUGGAUUCGAGUAAUGCUGCGAAUGUAUCAGAUGAUGAAGAAUCGUUUUAUGGCGUUUUUGUGGAAUCUGACGUUGACAACAGUAGCACUCCUAGAGUGUUCACUAAUUUUCAAGAAACACUUUCUGCAGUCAAAUCCAACAAAACCUCCAGAUUCAAGCUGUUCAGAUCAGCAACUGAAGCUGAACAAUUUAGCGUUUUUGGGCAAGAAUUACCUAUAAAACAGAUAGAAAAAAGUACACCUAAUGUAUCUACUAGUUUUACUUUUAAGUCUCUAAAAUCUGAAGAUCUGGUUGCAUUUCGUCGUCUAAUUGAAAGCGGAGAAUUAGAUAAGGUGAAACUGGCUGUGAAUUCAAAUCCGAGGUUUCUUGUUAGCAGUGGUGAUACACCAUCAAUAAUUCAAGAAGGAUGUCGGUAUAAUGCUAUGCAUGUAGCAGCUCGAUUCAACCAACCACAAAUUGUUCAUUUUAUAAUGGAGUGUGUUACUAGUUCAGAAUUUAUAAAAAGUUUAUAUGGUACAGAAGAGUCAUAUCUUUCACGGAGUGAAAUUAUCACAGAUUUAUACUUGAACACACCUGAUAAAGCUGCAAAUGAUACUCCUCUACAUAUUGCCUCAAAAUUUGGCCAUGUGGAUGUAGUAAGAGAGCUUAUUUCAUAUGAUAAGUGUAUACUAACAUCUCUAAAUAAAUAUCUCCAAACUCCUAAAGAUGUUAUAUGUUCGAGAAACAACAAGGAAAUGUAUAAUGAUAUAUUACAUUUAAUAGAGAAUGGAUUUUUUGUACCAAUGUGGAAAUCUGAUGAUGAUUGUGCUCAACCGACAAUUGGCAAACCAUUUUCACCUAAAUCCUCUACAAUAAUUCCACCAUUACAGAAUGACAAUCUUAAAUCAUUAAAUCCUAUACUUGAAAUAAGAGCUGUGGCCGGGCCAAUGAAUGAAUCACAAGCCCUAAAGUUUUGGAAGGAUUGGAAAUCACCAGUGCGAAAAACAUUAUUAUCUCCUUCACCAAAAAAGUCUCCAUCAAGUCCAAAACAAAAUGAGUUUAAAAAUAAAAGUAUUGAAAAAACAGGAAGAAAUUUAGCUGAAAAAGAGAAAGUUGGUUGGGCUGAAUAUUGGCCCUUCCUUGAUAAAAUAGUAGAUCUUAAAUCAAAUAGAGGCUUAGAUCUUCUUGAAAAGUACUUGAGACAAAGAUUUAGUAUGAAAGAACAAGAUUAUCCUGUAAUAGCACCACCACGAGUUGCUUUGCUAAGUCCUAUGGGUGAAUUGUGUAAAGCGUUAGAGUCUAUGAGAAUUGGAGCUAAUCUAAAUAGACGAAGUCCUCGAGAAAAUACUGUUGUAUCUUAUACUUGUGUUGUAAAAUCUUGUAAAGUUUUAGCAGAACGUUUAUCGAAUGUAAUUAUAUCUGAAUAUAAAAAUAUGCUAGGCAUUGAAUCAUUAGCUAUUCGGUUAUGUCAUGAAGUUAGACAUUUAAUGGCUUUGGAAGAUAGCUUUUACUCUGAUAGUCGUUUCGAUUCAAAGGUUAAAGGAAGAAUUCAUGGAAGAGUAGCUGAGCAUCUUUGUCAGUUGUUAAUUAAUAAUUUGGAACUUGUCAGCAAUGUUUCUUUAAUAGUUACAAAACUCCAAAAGUAUUACGCAUGUCAUGCAAUUGGGAGUCGUAGUGAAAUCACUGGAGCUUGUUUGGUAACUCAGAUACAUACAAUUCUAACUGAAAAGUCUUCAAUUAUACAUAAUAUGCAAUCUGAUGAUGAUGAUGAACUUAGUUGUAAGCAAUGGUUUUCAACUGCUGUUCCUUGUUUGUGUAGUAUUGAAACUAAAAGGUUAAAACCAAAACAGCUAUUUUGUGAUAAUGGACCAGUUAAAAGACAAGAUGAGAAUGAAGAAUCAAAAAAUAUGCAUGGCUAUGACUCAGAUGAUGAUGUUUUUUCGAGUGCCCCUACAAGUCCAUGUAGUGAAUAUUCUUCGUCAGAUGAAUCUGACGCAUCAAAUAUGUUCCAUAAUGCCGAACGUGAUUUUGCUUACCUAUUAUUUUCAAGCGAUGUACCAAUAGUUCAUGAUUAUGAAAUAUUUGAUGCCAUUAAUGGUAUAAAUGUAGACUCCAACAAAUAUCCAUGGCUAUAUAGGUGGUUGUAUUCAAUGAAUGAUUACAAUAAUUUAAACAAUCUGUGAUAAAAAAUUAAUGUAAUGUAUAUUUUUUAAUGUGAUGAUUUAUUAUUUAAGUAGACAAUACUAUAUUUUAUUCAAUUUGUAAUGUCUUUAUAAGUUUUUAUAAUAAAUGUAAAUACAAAGCUAAA